GUAGAUUGUGUCAUCUCUAAUUGUCUUAUAAAACAGAGAUGAGAGGAAGAAGAAGAGACGACGGCACCAGUCUGCGUUCGGCGCUGUCGUCACCGGUCUCGAACUCAGAGGGAGCAUGGCGGUGCUAAAUAGCGAGGGUGCUUUCUGAAACGGCGACGGAGAGAGGAGGCGUGAAGAGCUCGAGGUGGUGAUGAGUUAUUUCAAAUCAAAACCCUCACAUCAUUUCAUGGCUUCCAUGUGAACUGUUAAACAGAGAGGUUGAAAGAGAAGAUUGAGGAAACGUUUGGGUGUGAGUUUGAGCUCUUCAUUGAGGUCACAGGCCUGAUUAGCUGGUGUAGAGGAGCUAGAAUUGGGUGGCACAGUGAUGAUAACAGACUAUAUCUCAAACAAAGAGACUUUUCUGUUCGUCUUCACUCGUUUCUAUGCGUCGUUCUUGAAUUGAGGUUUUAUGUAAAUGACUUGGUUUUUUACUUUGGUUUGAAGGUAGUUUGUUACUUGAUUAGUUACGCUAAAAACUUUAAAAGUGGCCUUUUUCGUUUUCAUAGUGGAGAACCAGCAACUGUAGCUCCCUCUGCUGGAGUAAGUGUGUGUUCUUUUUCAGUUGGAUCAGUGGUUGAAUACUGACACUAGUAGAAAAACUGUCCACAGCUAUGAAAUUGCUACGAAAAUUUCGUAGCUAAAAUGCAGAAGCUAUAAAAUUGCUACGUUUUGCAACGAAAUACAAAUCGUAGCCUAGCGUGUCAGUUUUCGUAGCAAAACUUGUUACGAUUUAGCUACGAAACAGAACGUAGCUAAAAAAGCUACGAAAAUGAUACAAAAUAAACGUAGGUACAUUGCUACGAAUAUAAUUAUGGCAAUUCGUAGCAUAUUUGGCUACGUUUUGCUACGAAAUAUUCUGUGGCUAAUCCAAAAAUAUCUUAUUGCAUUAAAUUUGCUACGAAAUGUUUCUUAACUAUUUUAUAAUACCCACAAAAUGCUACAAUUUGCAACGAUUUUUUUGUAACUAUUUAAAACCCUAAACAUCUUUUUAACCCUAAACCCUAAUUUUUUUUUUUUGAAACUCUGUUUUUCAUAAUUAAAAUUUGAAUCUUCAAUUAUAAAGUUAAAAUUUAAUAUUUUUUAAAAAGGUUUAAUUAUUUUCAAAAUUUAACUUCAAAUCAUAAAUCUAAACCCCAAAUAUUAUACUCCAAACUCUAAACCUAACCCCUAUAUCCCAAAUCACAAUUCUUAACAUCAAAUCUUUUAUUUAAAUCUUAAAACACUUAAUCUUAAAUAUAAAGCACAAAUCUAAUACUUUCAAAAUUCACUUUCAAAAUGCAUAAAGACAUGAUUGUCAUGUCUUUAUGCAAAGACUACUUCCCUUUGCAUUUGCGGAGCUACUUCCAACAAAAGUACAUGAAGUACUUGCAGCCAUUGGAGCAAUUUUCAGGGAUUUGAGCACUCGCACUCUUAAAGAGGAUGUCGUAGAACAACUUCACGAGAACAUUCCGAUCUUAUUGUACAACUUGGAAAUGAUAUUUCCUCCCUCAUUUUUUGACGUCAUGGAGCAUUUAGCUGUCCACCUCCCGUAUGAGGCAUUGCUUCGAGGACCAGUACAUUAUGGAUGGAUGUAUCAGUAUGUGCGGGCCAUGAAAUAUUUGAAGGGAAAGGCAAAAAACCUCGCAAAGGUUGAAGGUUCUAUAAUUGCUGGAAGUUUGACGAAAGAAACAUCUCACUUCACAUCGUACUACUUUGCACCUAAUGUACGGACCCGACAAAGAGCUCCAAGAAGAUAUGAUGAUGGUGGUGUUGCCCCAACAUAUGCAGUUGCUGGUGUUCCGGAUAUCUUUAGCCAGAUUGGACGAAUGGGUGGGAAAACGAAAGAGGUUUGGUGGUCGAGUGAUGAAGACGCCCAUAGUGCACACACUUACAUUCUACUUAAUUGUGAGGAUCCAUUUAUGCGCUAUUUUGAAAGCCUAUUUGUUAGUCAAGUCCAAGAAGCAAUCCCAGGUAUAUCUACAAGUGAGGUAGAUAAAAGGAAAGAUCGACACUUUAUUAAAUGGUUGAAGAGUCAUGUUGAAUAUGAGGAUCCAGAUUACUCCAUAUGGUUUCACGAAUUAGUUCAGGGUCCACUUGCAAAGGUCACCACAUCACCAAUGUAUUUCUCACGAGGCUUUACUUUUCAUACGUACGAGUAUGGUAAACACCGGGCGACCAGCAAUUAUGGAAUUUGUGUGAAAGGAGAAACCGAUUUCUACGGGAUCUUGCAGGAGAUUAUUGAAGUGGAAUUCCCUGGGUUAUUGAAGCUGAAAUGCGUCAUAUUCAAAUGUGACUGGUUCGACCCCGUGGUCAACAGAGGUGUUCGAUUUAACAAAUUCGGUGUAGUUGCUGUCAAUGGUGGACGGAGGUACAACAAAUUCGAGCCUUUCAUAUUAGCUUCGCAAGCAGACCAAGUUAGCUUCCUACCAUACCCGAGGUUGCGAGAAUCUGGAAUAAGUUGGUUAGCCGUUAUCAAAGUUACACCCCGUGGACGAAUAAUCGUUGGAGAAGAACAACCAUUGCAAGAAGAACACAUCAAUGAAGUCGAAGAACCUGAACAACAAAUGGAAGACAUCCUACUCAUUGAUCCGCAUAAUCAUGAGUAUGAAGAUCUCCCCGACGAUACCACUGACGAUGCUGUUGAAGACGAGUUUAAUGAAAGUGAUGAUGUUUCUAGUGUUGAAGAGAAUGAUGAUGUAUCUGAAUGAUGAUGUAAUUUUUUAAAAAUAUUAUUUAUUUUCAUACUUAA